AAGUAACCUUUGGAAGGACGCUUUGACAUGGUACUGAAACAUUGUCACUCGCGUUUCUGGAUAUUUAAUUUUAAUCACUUAGAGAAACGACAUGAAGCUGCUUUUCGUCCAAACAAAGUUAGCUUGUGCGUACAAGAGCUAUCAGGCACUAAAAAGGUGGCAGCCAUCCACACCUCAAAUCUGCGACGUUUGUGCACUCCAUCAUUUUUAAGCAGCUUCGAGCGGCCGAGAUGGAGACGAGCUCCAGGACUGAAGUUAAAAGAUAAACUCCCAGAUGUGAGACUAAAGGCCAUUCGAGAGCUAAAUACUUCUGUUAAGGCCCUCCAAUAUGACAUAAAACCAGAAGUACCAAAGACUGAAGGCCGGAGGAUGUUUUUUGACACUCACGCUGUUGUGAGAAUCCUUGAAGACAAUGGUUUCACUCCUCAACAAGCUGAAGUAAUUGUUAAGUUGCUACUACGGACAACUAACUCAAAUUUGGACAUUAUUUACAGUGACAUGGUAACCAAAGUGCAGCAGGAAAUCGUGUUGCAGCAGGUGAUGUCUAAAAUAGUAGCGGUGAAGAAGGACAUGAUCAUCCUGGAGAAGAGCGAGUUCUCCGCACUUCUUGCAGAAAAUGAGAGACUGAAGAUCCAUCUACAGCAGCAGAAGGUCCAGUUGGCUGACGUGAUGAAUAAAGUGCGCUCAAACAACGUUCUGGACAUGAACUCGGAGAAAAGUCGUGUAAAAAUAAUGAAAGCGGAGCACGAGAAGAAGCUUCUGGAAACGAGAACGGAGAUCAAGGAAAUGACGGCGGAGCAGGACGGUCGUCUGACUGAAACCAACAUGAAAAUCGACACGGAGGUUGCUGGUUUGAAAACCAUGUUGGAGGCUCAUAAACUGGAUACUAUAAAGUAUCUUGCAGGUUCGGUGUUCACCUGCCUCACCGUGGUUCUCGGCUUUUAUCGGAUCUGGAUGUGAAUUUGGACCGCUGACCUCACAGCGUCGCUCUUCUUCGUGUUUCAUUUGAGGCGUUGGGUGUUUGUUCUUCAAAACUUAGGGGCAGAAAGUUUGGUGCUUUUUUUUUUUUUUUUUACCUGCUGACAUUAGAGGAGUGCAGGACUACGUCUGGGUCAGAACAAAACCCGGGAAAAGGUUUUACAAAACCACAAAGAGCUCGGAUAAUAAAA